AUGGGCUCCACCCAGAUAUUACAGCCAGACAUUUUGGAGUGGAAACAACCUAUAAUUGGGCUAAAAAUAAAUACUUUUGGCCAUGAAUGUACAAAACAAUUGCUAACUAUAUACAAAUCUGCAACACAUGCCAAUGGCAAGGAGCCCCACAAUGGCAUGAAGAGUUACAUCCCAUUAAAGAAUGUGCAAGAAAGACAAAAAGGAUACUAUGAUAAAAGUAUAAGGCCCAUAGAAUUUAAAAUAAGAGAUCAAGUCCUCCUAUACAAAUUAGCUAAAGAGAAGGUAUAUGGUAAUAAACUUAAGGAAAAGUGGAAAGGCCCUUAUUUUAUCCAUGAUUACAGAGCCCUGGGAACCUACAAACUACAAACAAUAGAAGGAAAAGUCCUUAAAAUCUGGUAA